AUGGAUGGUCCAGGGGAUACCGUGACGGAGGUGGCGGUGCGGAACGUCUCUCUAAAUGAAAGCAGUAAUUUAACGGCUGUGUAUGGCGGGCCGCCGAGACAUUACAGCGACCAGCAAGCAGUAUAUUAUUUCAUCCAUGCCUAUAUUCUACCCAUAAUUGUUUUCAGUGGAUUGAUUGGCAACAGUUUGUCAUCGUACGCAUUUCUGGAGAAAGGGUUACGAAAUAUAUCUUCUAGUGUGUAUGUACAAGCCGUUCUUAUAUCAGACACUGGGGUUCUUAUUUCAUUACUAUUUGUUUGGCUGGAGGUUCUGGGUUACCGCUUCAAUCAUAUGCCACAUCUAUGUCAGUUUCUGGUCUACUGGGGUUACAUAUGUACGUUCCUGUCGGUCUGGUUCGUUGUCUGUAUCACCGUUGAGAACUACAUAACUAUCUGUCACCCGGCCCGAAUCAGAUCAAUGUGCACAGUGCGACGUGCGACCAUGGUGACCACUUCAUUGGCUUUGCUAGCAAUGCUUGCUUACUUAGUGUCCAUUUUUGCUACGACUGUCCAAGUCUACAACGUGGGUGGCAGAAGCAUUCCCAUGUGUCUACCUUCCCCGGAACUUCGAGACGUUGCGUCCAUGGUAGCCUACAUUGACACUUUCAUCACACUUCUUAUCCCACUGAUCUUGAUCACGUUGAUGCUUAUCGCCAUCUCUCUCGCCAUUUGUCGAUCGAUACAAAACAAACGUAAACGGAGUGCCUUGAAAUCAUCGAAGAACAAAAUGAAAAUGUCCACCCUUCCUCAAGUGAGAGUCGCAAAGAUGCUUGGUGUGUUAUCGGCUACUUUUCUCUUUCUUAAUGCUCCUAGUCAUAUUACUAGACUGUACCUCAGCUUCCGUCCUAGUGCCUCAUCUAGCGUCACAUUCAGAGAAGCUUUUAUACAACUUGCUUUGCAGUUCGUGUACUAUUCAAACUUUUCUGUGAAGUUCCUUUUGUUCUUUAUCUGCAGUAAAAAUUUCCGUAAAUCAUUUAGCAGAUACUGUAAACCAGCUUGCUUAACAACUCCAGAAAAGUAUUCAACAGUCAAUUGUGAAACAACAGAAAUUGACAGUAUACCGAACGGAAUAGAGAACAAGGAAAGAAAUCUUGAUGAACUUUGA